UGCAGCCCGUGUGGGACUCGGCGGGGAGGGACUUUCUGGACACUGCGCAACAAGUCCAAGGACGCAAGAAGUGGAUGAUGAGAAUCAACGCGCAACCUGUUGACAACACGGUUUACAGUUAUGAGGAUAUUAGACGCUUUUUUACUGGACCACGGUGAACGAUUUCUCACUUUAUCACUGCUGUCUCCUGGAAGGUAUACGGCGCAGUUUGCCGUUUUAUUCGGACUUUGAAAGCGUGCCGCUCAAAGUUUUACCUCCGCUUGUUACAACACCGUGGACAGCUUGGAGAACUCAUAAUCCUGCGGAAUUGACAGAGAUGACAGAACAUGGAGAAGAUACGAGAUUUCACAGACCAAACGCUUUACGUCUGUCACGGGUUCAGUCGCAAAGGUAGCCCUGAAACUUUACAGCCACGCUGCAGGUGACCCACAAGGCGCUGGACUCGGACUGCAACUCGCUCCGGACCUUACAGGCAGAGCACGGCGAUGUGAAAUGGUCUCGACUUGUCACACAAACUGGGAAGACAUAACUUGAAAGGAGCGUUCGCCGUUUGAAAGCCCAGGCCACCAUGAGAGUGCUGAGUUUGCUGUGCGUAAUCGUUGGGCUGUGGGAGUCCAGCCUGAGCAACAGAAACUGUCCCGACCUCAUCGUUGACAGCUGUCACUGCUCGGCUGAGCGGUCCAAGGAGCUGAGCAGGCAGCACGUCCGGGUCAAAGUGGUGUGUGAUGAUGUGGACUUAAUGGACACCCUGCAGCCCAGCUUUUUACCCAACAGAACAGUCUCCCUGAACCUGAGUAACAACAAGAUCUCUCUGCUGAGGAAUGGCUCCUUCUAUGGCCUGGCUGCCCUGGAAAAACUGGACCUCAAGAAUAAUUUGAUAAGUACAGUGGAGCCCGGGGCCUUCCGUGGUCUGCUGGCUCUGAGGAGACUGGACCUCUCCAACAAUAGGAUUGGCUGCCUCUCCCCCGAAAUGUUUGUAGACCUUGGCAACCUCUCCAAAUUGAAUUUAUCCGGGAACAUCUUCUCCACUCUGACCAUGGGAUUGUUCACACACCUCGUGGCUCUCCGAGUGCUGCACUUCAGCACUGAGACUCUGUUCUGCGACUGUCAGCUGGAGUGGCUUCUCCUCUGGGCCCGGGCCAGCUCGGUGCGAAUCGGGAACGACACGGUGUGUGUUUUCCCCACACACCUGCACGGCCUGGAGUUUCGCAACCUCCGCGAACAGCAGCUCAGAUGCGAUGGACCUCUGGAGAUGCCCCUCUUCCAGCUGAUCCCUUCCCAGAGACAGGUGGUGUUCCAGGGAGAUCGGCUUCCCUUGCAGUGCACCGCCUCCUACCUGGACCCGUCGGUGGAGCUGCGAUGGCGCCACAACGGUCAAACGGUGGCCACGCAGGAGGACAGGGGCGUCUACCUGGAGGAGACCCUGCUUCACGACUGCUGCCUGCUCACCAGCGAGGUCAUCCUCUCCAACAUUGACGUGGGCAUCGCUGGCAUCUGGGAGUGCCUGGUGACCAGUUCCCGUGGCAACAGGUCUCGGCAGAUGGAGAUUGUUGUUCUGGAGACAUCAGCACCGUACUGCGCCGCUGACAGAGUCACCAACAACAAGGGAGACUUCAGGUGGCCGAAGACCCUAGCUGGUCUGCUUGCCUUCCUGCCCUGCGCCCCUGCCACCUUUGGCUCUGCCCCGCACCCCUCUGGCACCGCUCCUCACAACCCCAACCGGCGGGAGAAGAAGGCGUGGCGGCGCUGUGACCGGGCAGGGCGAUGGGCCGAGGAGGACUACACUCAGUGCCCGUAUGCCAGUGAACUGACCCGCGUGCUGCACGAGCUCACCCAGAUAACCAUUAAUACCACCAAUGCUCAGCCUCUAGGCCAGCAGUUAGUGGCCUUCACCAGCAGGGCAGCGCACUUCACCGAUGUCAUGGACGUCAUCUUUGUCACGCACCUGGUGGAGAGGUUGACACGGCUGGUGGAGAAACGCAGAGAUCUGGGAGACUAUAUAUCAGAUAUAGCCAGUAACAUGAUGCUGGUGGAGGAGCACAUCCUGUGGAUGGCCCAGAACGAGGCCAGGGCCUGCACUCGGAUCGUCCAGUGUGUCGAGCGCAUCGCUGACCUGGCGCUGACCGGAGACAACCAAGUCAUAUCCAAGGUGUCUGCUAACAUAGCUCUGGAGGCCUUCCUGAUCCAGCCCUCCAACUUUCUGGGUCUGUCCUGCACGGCGCUCCAGCAGCCCCCCUCGUCUGCCUCGUCCCCCCUUCCUGACAGCCACUCCCACUCUGACAAGAACAUGAACAGGGAGCGGGAUGCCGUGGGGGACUCGUUGCUCAACUUCAAAUGCCACACUGUCAACGGCAGCGGCUCGCCAGCCAGUCAGCUCAGCAAGAACUCAGUGGCAGUCGCCUCAAUCCAUUUACCGCUGGCUGGUACGCCUAUCUCCUCCUCUGCGUUGCAAUCUGUUGAUAACUCCACUUGCAAGCUGCAGUUUAUUGUCUUUCGCAAUGGGAAACUCUUUCCUUGCACGGGAAAUUCGUCAAAUCUCGCUGAUGAUGGGAAACGUAGGAGCGUUUCAACACCAGUUGCUUUCACCAAAUUAGAUGGGUGCAGCCUCGGGAGCGCCGUGCACUCGGUUACCAUUGCUCUCAGGCACUUCGCACUGGGUGUAGACCCCACCGCAGCCUAUUGGGAUUUUGACCUGCUUGAUGGGCACGGUGGUUGGCGGGCAGAGGGGUGCCACAUAACAGGCUCCGGGGGCAACACGACCACUAUUCAUUGCACCCACCACAAUAACUUUGCUGUGCUAAUGGAUCUGAAGAAGGUGCUGUCUUUCCCCCCAUACCCUGGGGAGUUUCUGCACCCGGUCGUGUAUGCCUGCACGGCGGUCAUGUUGCUCUGCCUCUUCGCCUCCAUCAUCACAUACAUAGUGCACCACAGCGCAAUCCGCAUCAGUCGGAAGGGAUGGCACAUGCUUCUCAACUUCUGUUUCCACACGGCUCUGACCUUUGCUGUGUUUGCUGGCGGCAUCAAUCGAAUCAAAUACCCCAUCAUCUGUCAAGCAGUCGGAGUCGUGCUUCACUACUCGUCUCUGUCCACCAUGCUGUGGCUCGGGGUGACAGCCAGGAACAUUUACAAACAGGUGACCAAGAAGGCCCCGCAGACCCAGGAUGGUGACCCGCCCGCGCCGCCCAAACAGCCCCUGUUGAGGUUUUAUCUAGUCAGUGGUGGAGUGCCCCUCAUCAUCUGCGGGGUCACAGCAGCUGUCAAUAUAGACAACUAUGGCAGCGGGGAGCAAGCGCCAUACUGCUGGAUGGCAUGGGAACCCAGUCUGGGAGCCUUCUUCGGCCCCGUGGCCUUCAUUGUCUUGGUUACGUGCAUCUACUUCCUCUGUACCUUCAUCCAGCUGCGCCGCCACCCUGAGAAGAAGUAUGAGCUCAAGCAGCUAACUGAGGAGCAGCAGAGGCUGGCCUCCGUCGACGUGCCAACCCAUUGUCACCAGGGAGCCGAGCCUGGGGCCCUGGCACCUCAACCCAGUGGAAGUCACUGUCCUGCUGGCUGUCCAGGCGUCCCCAUCAACCCUGCGCUGCUGGCCAAUGAGCAUUCCUUCAAGGCCCAGUUGCGCACGGCGGCCUUCACCCUUUUUCUCUUCCUGGCCACCUGGACCUUUGGUGCACUGGCCGUGUCGCAGGGCCACUUUCUAGACAUGAUCUUCAGCUGCUUGUACGGUGCCUUCUGCGUCACCCUCGGCCUCUUCAUCCUCAUCCACCACUGCGCCAAGCGUGACGAUGUCUGGCACUGCUGGUGCUCCUGUUGUCCCGGACGACGUGCUAACGCCUGCUCUGGCGCCCAAGGGCCAGGGCAGGCGCAGCCUAAGGUCAACGUAAACGGAGACACUCCUGGGCAUGGCCACGGUCACAGCCACUGCCACCAUGACUCACCGUGCCCGGGUAAAGCCCUGAUGGGCUGCAGUCACGGCACCUUAGGUCACUGUAAGCACGCCACCCUUCCAUCUGCGCAAAAUCACGUUACAUGUCUGGCACCAGUGACGCCAUGUUGUGCCGCCCUGCAUAGCCAGCAGCUGAUGGAGGAGGAGCCUGCAUCAGCGCAUGUGUUGCUGCAUGCUGACCCAGAGGGUUACCGGCCAGGAAUCCACUUGCACCCCUGCCUGAAGGGCAGCACCAGGACUAAAGGUCGUCAGUUCAGCCGCCGGGGCGGGGCUGCUGCUGGAGGAGCGGGGAGUGAGAGGGAGUAUGCCUAUCACAUCCCCUCCAGUGUGGAUGGAGGUAGUGUGCACAGCUCACACACUGACAGCCCCCACAGCACACAUGAGCGUCACACCCACAUCUGCCCACACUUGGCCCACGAAGGCCACCACGAUGGGCAUCAUACAUGCCACGCUGCAGCAGCCACUACACAUGAGGCCCUGGCGUGCCAUAAUCCCUGCCACAGGCAUAUCUGCUGCGCCAAGGCAGACCUUUUCCCCACUCUGUGCCAGGCAGAGGCAGGUGACACGGGCACCUUCUUGUGUGGCUGCGGCAAAAUGGCUGAGGAGGACCUGAUGGCACCACAUCACCAUCUGGAGAUGCAUGCCCCGCGCAGACAAUCCUACCCCCAGAACCCGCCCAAUCAGAAUGGGAUUCUAAAGGGGGGCCUGCAUGAAGGACUCCUGUAUACCUCAGACAGCACAGGGAAUAUACGCACUGGACCCUGGAGAAAUGAAACUACUGUGUAGUCUGGGAAGACAGACUGGGAUGAUGGGCAGUAGCCCUGCCUCAUCCCGCCAGAAAUAAACCCUCGCCUCCCUUUCUAGGAUUAAAAAAAUCAAUUGAAUAACAUUUUACACAUCACAAUCAGCGUGGGAUUUUUUUAUUUCAAUGUUCUCAUGUUUUUAUGUAUGUGCUGUGUCACUGUACAGAAAAUGGGAUGCUCCCCGAAGGGCAUCCAGACACAGAACAGAAUCUCUUCCAUCAAGAAGAAUUCGUGAAAUGUGUGUCACAUCAGACCAUGAGAUAUAACUGAAGGUAUUUCUACUGCUCCAUAAUACUACAGAUCUCUCUCUCUAUAUAUAUAUACAAGAAAAUGAAUGGUUGUGUGUAUGAAUAUGUGUGUUAGUGCUCUAAGGCAACACGCUGCAAGAUUUUUUUUACAAAUCUGAAUCCAUCAAAUAGUCUCUGACAGUGUACCUCCAGUACUUAAAGGAACUCUUGGCAUCCAUGUUUUAGACAACUAAACCAGCAAUUUUAGACUCCAUGGGUAUUUUUUGCCAUUCAAACAAGCAACCUUACUAUCAACUGUGAAUAUCAACUAGAGAUUUUCUAAGUAUACAAAGAUACUGUCGCUUGCCAGAGAUAUGUGGACGCCAGUUAAGUUGUGAAAAUUAAAAGCAACAGAACAAGAGAAGUGAAACUAAGUAUCCUCUUCCAGGUUGAUAUUGAUCGUGCUGUCCGUAUGAUGUCUUCACUGGUGUGUUUCUUUUUUGGAGAAAAGUAAAUAACAGCAGCAACAGCAACAACAACAACAACAACAACAACAACAGUGUGGCCAUUGUGAAUAGAGAGUUGGUGUCAUUGUAUACCAUGAGAGUUCAUAUCAUUGUGUUCCAUGAGGUUUUAUUAACACUGUGCCACAUAGAGCCAGGUAUCUGCAGCGAGUUUAUCUCCAAACUAGUGUGCUGUUCAGCUCAGCUCCUACAUGCCAUUAGACAUUAUAAAAUCAAUAUUUGAUAAAAAAAAAAUGUCAACCACUCCUGCGUGAGAAAGUUAGAUUUGCAAAACCACACACUCAACAGUUGAAGGAAAAAAAAAAAAUAGGUCACACUGUGGGGAACUUGCCCAACCAGUGUCCUAUCUUUCACCCUCUCAACAUUAAUAUUAAAAAAUAAUAAUUGAAGUAAACCUAAUUGACUAUGGGUAAAGAGUUACAAAAUGACACAUGGUGGAAAUCAUUGCAAUUGCAAUCAUUUUUUUUCUUUCUUUUUUUUUUUUUUUUAUAAGAGCCCCACAGAAUGCAUGCCUUGUUGUAUGUAGCUACUAUGUGCUAUGUUUUUACAGUGUAAAUCAAUGCCAAUUCAUGAACACUUUACUUGUCUCUGGACCCAACUAGACUGCUGCAGCCUGCCAUGUCUAAUUUUUUUAGCGCUUAUUUUGGGCUGGUUUCACAAUCUUGGAUUAAGCCUCGUUCUUUUACUAAAACUAUUUCCACAAUCUCCAUUUAAAAAAAAAAAAAGACUUGAGUUUAGGGCUCGGCUUACCCAAGAAACCAGUGCCAGAAGAUCAUAAUGUUAUUGUGGCUACUUCAGAAGACAACAUGUGUCAAGAGAGGCCAGUGUUGAAGUAUGGAUCGGUCUGUUGUUGCCAUGAAGGUCACAUUCACUUUGAAGCAUUGCCACUCAAAACAGGAGGUAAAAGAGCUCCGUAUCGAUUUCCAAGAGCCUUUUUGUUUUAUGUGUGGUGAUACUGAGUAUGACGCUCAAGAACCAACAAGUCAUACUUCACUUCCCAGAAAAGCAGGUAUAAAAUACAUACAUCCAUUCAGUGUGUAUAAUCUCUCAGCAAACCCCGCUCUAGCGAAACCACCUUGGCAUGCACACCAUCUAUUUAUCCAUCUUGUGCACUCUUGUCUGUGUAUAUAGAAUUGGUUUCUGAUGAAUUAUUUUAUAUGAGAUUUAAGAUAUUUAAGAAUAAAAUAAAUCUAUAUGUAAAGAAAGUUGUAUGGGAAAAAAAAAAAACUGACCUCUCAAUGUUAAUGCUCAGUAUCUGAGUUUAGAAAUGUUCUUUGUUUUCAAAAGCAUUCUCUGUUGCAAUUUUAGUUGACUUUUGACUUCUGAGAUCUUUCAUAAAGUAUGCAGACUCGCCAUGUGUUGUGAGACUUAUCCUGUCAUAUCAGAAAUAGAAAUGCACUACCCAUAAUGAGGUUUGGCGUGCCAGAAUAGCAUUAUGUGUCACUUACAGUAUGUUUAUUAUGGGAAUGUUUGUUCAGACAGAAAUAUUUGAAUUAAAAAAGUGACUUCUGCAGAGAGAAAAUAGAAACAUUAAGGUGACAUUUCCUUUUUUGGGACGGCAGGCUUUGAAUAGUGAAACAAGCCCCUGGUAAACAUCAAAGAUGAUGCAUGAACCUCAUAGCUUUGUACAGGGCCGCUGGAAGUUAUUUCCACGGUCUGGGAAGAAACUUGAUAUUAUGGGUCCCGCUUAUGAGGAAUAAAACAUUUGCCUACUAUUGAUCAUUCUGUAUGAGCUCCUUUGAGCAACCUUGGAUGCUGACAGACAGUGGCCCUGGCAUUAUAAUGAUUGGAGAGGGAUUUGUAACAGUAUCACGAGUUACAACAAAACAGUUAGCAUCUCCUGCUAAAGCCACCCUAACUUUGGUCUCGGUUAAUCGCUGUACAACAUGUGUUGUUGCUGGUGGUGUGUCAUAGGAGCAACCUGAGCUUGCAGUGUCUGUGAGACGAUGUAUUUGGUAUCGUAGGCCACCGUAGGUCACCAUCUCUGUUGUCAUCAGUAGCAGAUGUACUGCCCAAAUGAGCUUGCUGACUUAGCUUUGUCUCACCAGACAGCUGCUGGAAUAUUCACCUGUGGUACUGUGACAAAACCCAAAGCCAGUUUUCACGUUUUUUCUACAU